UGAUUAUUGUCAAACUCCGAAUUGUAUAGUCGGUUUUUAUAAAAGUUGUAAAAUCGUCUAAAUUUUAAUAAUUUUACGUUAAAAUUGCAUUUAUAAUUUGUAUUCGUGUAACGAUCUAGUUAGCCGUAACGUAAAUGGUAUACGGAUGAUCCGUAAUAGUUAUAAUGUCUAUUAUUUAACGUAGUUACUCCAUUGUAAACUUGAUACAAUUCGGACUCGCUGUGCCGUCUAAAAGGAAUAUCACGCUAAGUAUAAGUUUUAAUUCAUCGUUUACUUGUUAUCUUGGACCGGUAUCUUAUAAAGAAGGUUUCAAACAGCAUUCAAAAUGCCUUUCAAUCAAAAUAAUGACACAGCGCUGACAAAUUUGAUCGUUAAUUACCUACCUCAAAAUUUAACGGAUAAGGAAUUGUUCAGUAUAUUCGUAACUAUCGGACCUGUUGAAAGUUGCCGUGUUAUGAGAGACAACAAGACUGGAUAUAGCUAUGGUUUCGGAUUCGUUAAUUUUGCACGGCAAGAAGAUGCGACUAAAGCGAUUAACCAGUUAAAUGGUCUUGAAGUACAAAACAAACGUUUGAAAGUUUCCUACGCCAGACCUUCGGGAGAAGAUAUUAAAGAUACUAACUUGUACAUUACUAAUUUACCUAGAACAAUAACCGAAGAUCAGCUAGAAGAAUUGUUUGGAAAAUUCGGCAGAAUCGUGCAAAAAAAUAUUUUAAAAGAUAAAAUCACCGGAUUACCGCGCGGUGUUGCAUUCGUUAGAUAUGAUAGGAAAUCGGAAGCAGCUCAGGCUGUUACGGAAAUGCACGGAUUUGUACCCGAAGGAUGUUUAGAACCUUUAACAGUUAAAAUAGCUGAAGAACAUGGUAAACAAAAAGCCGCCUAUUAUGCCGGUUGGCACGCCGGUUACACGCAAAGUCGUGCCAAGAACUACGCGUAGAGCGAUUUAUAGGUUAUGUUUUUAUUUUUAUUUUUUUUACGCAUUUAUUUUUUUAUUAUUUUUUUUCCUCUCGUCAUCUCUGUGUACUGCUGUGGCUGCUGCUGUCGUCUCGCCGGCACGUGGCUAACGUUACAGCGAUCUCUCAGUCGUAUAAGCUAUGGGUGCAACGACGGUAAUUUUCAUCGAAUGGUUACCACUGGGAAUUGUUAAACGGUGUGAAUUUCGCGCACUCGUUGGCUAACUUAAAGACUGUUAAGUUUAGCGGUUUCCUCUUUUUUUGUUUUCUCUACAGUGUAGACAUGUCUUCGUUUUUAUAAUGUAUAUUUUUUUCAAAGCGUUGUGUUACGAUGAAGAUUAUUUUUAAUUUUUUAUAUUCAUUGUCAUAUAUUGUGCAUUGAUGAGAUGAAUUUUGUAAUUGUGAUUUUAUACCUAUUGUUUUUUAUAACGUUCCUUAAUUUAUUGAACGAUUAAUUUGACCGUAAAGUAUUUCGAGAGGGAUUGCUAAGAGUUCGGGAUUAACUUGAAUGGGUUACUUUUGGACUUGGAUUAUGACUUUGAAAAUCUUAUUAACUCGAUAGAAAAUUAUUUUCAAAUCGAUAAUGGUAACGUUCAAGUGGAUUAUUGAGUUAGGACGAUAUUAAGUUUAUGUUUUGUUCAGAUUUUCACGAGUGCUUCGUUAAUUAAAGUGACGUGCUAGAAUUUGAAAAAAAAAUUCUAGUAACUAAAAUUACAUUAUUGUUGUAUUCAUUUAAAUCAACUGUGACGUCAGCACCUUUCUUAUCAACUUGACUUUUUACUUUUGCCAUUCAACGUAAUUUGUUAUCUUUGAAAAUAUGUUUUCCUGUUCUUGUAUCCUGCUCCUCGUCGUUUUGAUUUCCAUUACUUUCUGUGUAAUCAUAUAUCAACUUGAAAAAAAAAACCGAACGAACUUCUAAAUUAAACGAUUCUCUUACAAUACCCUCGAAUUAUUUUUAGUGCUGAUAAUCGGUCGAAAAAAUCGAAUUUCCAAAUGACGAUUAGUGACUUUAACUCUUGAAUUAUUUCGAAAGAUUGCGACUGUGUUAAAUAUGUUUUUGAAAAACGACUUAAUUUUUAUGACGUAAAAGUGGAUUCGAUGUGACUAAAGUCACCCAACUUUUUUUUUUGUUUUUUCAUUGAAGAAAAUUAUAAUAAUUUUUUUUUAAUGGAAUAAUGUAUUUAAAAAUAUUUUUUUAGUUUACAUCGUGAAUUGAAAAGAUUAAAGUAAAGACGAGAAUGUUUUAAAUUACGAUGAAUUUAUUAAAUUUAUAUUCAUCCUAUCAUCAUUGCCCGAUCGUUGAAUACAGCAAAAUAUGACACACUUCCGUUGAUGAUUAAAAGAUGAACUAAAUGAUAAAAUAAAUCGA